UACAGGGUGCGUUCCUAGAACAACAGCAUUGCUCAUUUGUAUACGGCUUUAGCACCCAGUAUAGCCAAUUCAUAUUGAGGGUGACCGAUGUUCUUGGUCAAAUGAACAGUCUAAAUUGGCCAGGCAAAGCAGCCAGACGUUUAAGUGCGCUGGAAGAGUUUUGUAUCAGUUUAAAAGAAACUUGUCUAAUUGUAUUACCUGCGUUAAAAUGGACGACGAUACAAAUAUCUUUGACAUAGAUCCCAAGGAAGCUUGGCUGGAGAAGAUAACAAUCGGUGGAUUUCGUCGCUGGCAUAUUAUAGCCUCCGUUCUGGGCAUAUUGAUGAGUAUUAUGAUUAUGGUCUGUUGCUGUAUACGUUUUCGCAUACCGCGCACUAAACAGGAAAUCGAAGCGGAUUAUCAACGCAAGCAAAUUACCAAAAAAUUUCGCGAAAAGCUGCAACAGAUUAAGAACUCUGAAAUGGAUGAUAUGGAUCUGCAAAAAGUCUGUGUACGGAUUCAGAGCGAUUAUUUAAACCUGCAGGCGAGCGUGGAGAGCAUGAACGAGAAGCAGAAUGUUAAAUUUAAGAUAUAAAAGCCCGUAUCGAGUAGGCCAGAAAACGUUCUGGUAGGUCCAAACUUCAUAAUAAAAAAACGAUGCCGUAAAAAGUAGAAUUUGACAACCAUUCCAUAUAAAACUUUCGGCCGACGGAAGUUUCUGGUCUACUCGAUUCCGGCCUUAAAAUUACAUACUUAUAAUAAUAAAAAACUCUAAGGCCAGUGUACAAAUUUGA